CAUAAUGCUAAGAACAGUGCUUGGCAUGCGCACAGCACCGCCCAGCACAGCCCAGUACAGCCCAGCACAGAACCGGACAUUCGCGCAGAACCCGCCGGCCGCAGCAGCAGCAGCAGCAGCAGCAGCAGCAGGAGCGGACCCGACCGGACGGGACCCGACCCCCCAGCCCUGUCCAGCCCAGUGCUGCCCAGCCCAGCCCAGCCUCCCGCCCCAUCCCGGUCCACCAGCCCGGUCCAGCAUGGCUAAGACGGCGAUGGCCUACAAGGAGAAGAUGAAGGAGCUGUCUGUGCUCUCCCUGAUCUGCUCGUGCUUCUACCCUGAGCCGCGCAACAUGAACCUCGGCACAUACGACGACAUGGAAGUGAAACAGAUCAACAAGCGAGCCUCCGGCCAGGCCUUCGAGCUCAUCUUAAAGCCGCCCUCUCCGGUCUCGGAAGCGCCGCGGACUCUGGCUUCCCCGAAGAAGAAGGACCUGUCCCUGGAGGAGAUCCAGAAGAAGCUGGAGGCUGCAGAGGAAAGGAGAAAGACGCAGGAGGCCCAGGUCCUCAAGCAGCUGGCCGGGAAGAGGGAGCACGAGAGGGAGGUGCUCCAGAAGGCUCUGGAGGAGAACAGCAACUUCAGCAAGAUGGCGGAGGAGAAGCUCAUCCUGAAAAUGGAGCAGAUCAAGGAGAACCGCGAAGCCAACCUCGCCGCCCUGAUUGAGCGCCUUCAGGAGAAGGAGAGGCACGCCGCCGAGGUCCGCAGGAACAAGGAGCUGCAGGUGGAGCUGUCGGGCUGAGGGCUCCCUGGAGGAGGUGGGGCAGAGGCCGGG